GGGUCCAGGGACUAAGUGUGACCUGAGUGCAGGCCAGCAGGAAGACUAAGAAGAAGGAAGGGGGUGGCCUACGGGCCCAGAGGGCAUCAUCCAACGUCUUCUCCAACUUUGAGCAGACCCAGAUCCAGGAGUUCAAGGAGGCAUUCACACUAAUGGAUCAGAACCGAGAUGGCUUCAUCGACAAGGAGGACCUGAAGGACACCUACGCCUCUCUGGGCAAAACCAACAUCAAGGAUGAUGAGCUGGACGCCAUGCUCAAGGAGGCCUCAGGGCCCAUCAACUUCACCAUGUUCCUGAACAUGUUUGGGGCAAAGCUGACGGGUACGGAUGCCGAGGAGACCAUCCUAAAUGCCUUCAAGAUGCUGGAUCCCGAUGGCAAAGGCAGCAUCAACAAGGACUACAUCAAGCGGCUGUUGAUGUCCCAGGCAGACAAGAUGACCGCUGAAGAGGUUGACCAGAUAUUCCAGUUUACCACCAUCGAUGCUGCAGGCAACCUGGACUAUAAGGCACUGAGCUAUGUGCUCACCCACGGGGAGGAGAAGGAAGAAUGAGGGGCAUCUCCCCCAUCCGCACCCGGGCUGCAGCCAGUUCAAUAAACAUGAACCCACAAACCUGCCUUGCCAGUGUCUGCAGAGGGAGAGGAGGGGGGGUCCACCUGGGGGUGGGAGGGUCUGCAGGUGGGGAACCUCUGCCUGGGGGUGGGAGAUGUGUCUGCCGUGGUGGGGAGAGUUUGGGGGAGGGUCCACUGGGGGUAGAAGUGUUUGCUUGGAACUGGGAGAGUCUGGAGGGGAAGGGUCUGGUGGGGGUGGGAGCAUCUAUCUGCCUGUAGGGCCCUCCCUCUGCUUCCCCCUCCCAGCCCAGCCUGACCCCACCUGCUGUCUUAGCACUCAUGCUGGGAGUCAGGUCACUCAGUGGUCAGCAGAGGUUGAGAAAAGCUAUGGGUUGGGAUUCCUCAAGGAAGGCAUUUCUCACAGUGUCCAUUCCAGACUGUGAUGCCAGGGGCCCACAGGACUCCCAAUCCAUC